UACGGGAAUACAUUAUUAUGAAUAGUGACCUGCGGCUAUUUCACACGUUAGAUCCAUUCAGGCAAUCAUGGGACGUAGGAACCACAAGAGCUGCGGAGUCUAUCGGCAAAGAUCGAGAGCCAUUGGCUCCAGAUUAUAAGGAUCCCGAUUCAUCAGCGACAGAACAGAAAGCAGUGACCCAACAAAAACCUCAAGAAGACAAACCGGCCGGCAAGGGUGUUGUUGGAGGUGGCAUAGGCGUGGGAGUAGUUGACGUUGAUGCUAACGGAGGCAAUCCUCUCACGACCGCUUUCAGCUCGGCCUUUGACUUUCCCAACUUUGGAUUGGGCGAGAUCCUUGGAGGGUUCAAUAGGAACCAGUGGUGGAAGGGGAAGAACGUAUGUAUAGAAAGAGAAGAAAGUUCGGACGACAAUGAUGCUGAAGAGGUGGAAGGCAAGAAGAAUGAAACUGAAACUGGCAGAGAUGCUUUCUCUACUUCUAUCAGAUUAUCAAACUGUUUUGAAAUGCCACACAAGUAUGAAUGUAUAACCAAGAUAAACAACCACGGAGUAGUGAAGACGUUCACAGUCCGUUACAAGUGUUGCUAUGGCUACCAGCGUGAGAAGGGUGCCAACGAGUGUACCAAACAACGCGAUCUGAAACCUCUUCUGGAAACGUUGGAUGACCUGAAGACCAAGGACUUCAGAAAUAUGAUAAAAUCCACCAGUUUGGACGAGAAAUUCUCUGAAGGCAACUAUUCCCUAUUCGUACCAACUGACGAUGCUAUCAAUGAAUAUAAUGAAAGGAUUGCCGAGUCGAACAAAGUGGAUGCCAACCGUCGUCGCCGCAAUAUCAAGCACAACGUUUCUCCAAAAGAAAUGGUCCUUAGCCACGCAGUAGAAGGUUUUGUCGACUUAACGGAAUAUUCAAAUGAUGACGUCAUUUACAGCGACAACAAUAACAGUAGUAUCAGGAUCAACUUUUACCCAACGAACAGAAACGAAAAACUGGUGACGGUAAAUUGUGCUCGUAUCAAGAGGCCAAACAUAUUUGCAUCAAACGGCAUUGUGCAUGUUGCUGACGGAGUAGUCGUACCUGCUACAGAAGACAUUGAGUCUAUCAUCAAGAAUCAUCCACGGUUGACCAAUUUGAGAAAAGCAAUCGAAAACUCAGACAUUCCUAAGAAAAUGAAGCCUGAUGGCCACUAUACUGUGUUUGCACCAACAGACGAAGCUUUUGCUAAGUUGGAUGACAUUCAGAAGCAGAAAAUAAUCAAUGGCGAACUAUGUGCUGCAAGUAUCUUGAAGCAUCAUUUCACAGCUCACACAAUAUGCUCCAAAGCUAUUGUUGGCAACGCCACAACGCAUAACGUACAAGGAGACUUGUUGAACCUGGAGAGAACUGACGAUGACGAAGUACUGUUUGAAGGAAAAGCCAAAAUCGUUGAAGCUGACAUUAUUGCAACGAAUGGAGUCAUUCAUCUGAUCGAUCAAGUAAUCAUUCCUGAUUCAGGUUUAUCUAUUGGCAGCGUUCUCAACCACCAAAACUUUACGAAAUUCCAAGAGAUGAUCGAAAAAGCGGGCAUGAAAGAAGAAGUGAACAGUUUGCAAAAUGCUACUGCGUUUGUACCACCAGACAGAGUUUUUGAAUCACCAGAAGCUCAGAAGAUACUUGAGGAAGCCAAUCCGGAUAAGCUUAAAGAGAUCGUAAGGUACCACUUUGUCCAGGGUUUGCUUCCAUCUGGAGACAUGAACAAUAACGUUAUGCUGGCGUCUAAGGAUAACGAACUACCUUUGAGGAUCAACUUGUAUUCGACUCUUCCGUUAUUUACCAACAUUGUGAAUCGCGCGACCGUCAACUGUGCCCGAGUGACUGGAUUCGACGAGAAGGCAUGUGGUUCCGUUAUUCACGAGGUAAACCGAAUCCUGGUGCCUCCCACUCGUAACAUUCUGGAGACUAUCGAGGCGGAGACCAAAUACUCGACCUUGAGGGCGGUUCUCAAGGACACCGAAGUGGAAAAGGUCCUGCAGGAGAACAACAGGUCGUUGACCUUCUUGGCACCCACUGACGAGGUUUUCGCUGCACUCGAAGAAAAGGACAGGAAGAUGCUGUUGGAGAAUAAAGAGAAGGCCAACAACGUGUUGAAGAACCACGUUUUGACAGAGGUUCUCUGCUGUUCGGGUGUAGGCCCUCAAUCCUGGGGCUUCAGCAGCCUGGUUUCUACUCUAGGUGAAAGCCAAGUCGAAGUAGGAAGGACUGGCAGCAGGAUCCGCAUCAACAGGGCUGUGGUGACAAACUGUGAUACUGUGGCUACCAACGGUGUCAUACACACCGUCAACAAGGUCAUUGCUCCCAGACAGCCACAGGUGGCAGCUAUCGGAGGAGGAUUCUUCCUCUUCGACCUUUGAACAGUGAUAUUUGGAUACCAUACGUGUUGGUUAUGGACACAGAACAUCGGGGUUUCGUUGAUAGGACUCCAUGUUUCUCUAGCCAAAUGAACCAUUCCACAUAUAAAAAUCAA